GGGUUGUGAAUUUCCACUUGACCACUAGUUGAUUUCAGAAAAAAACCUGGAAAAAAACGUAAUAUUAAACAAGGUGAUUUAAAGAGUUUUAGCGACAUCGGAAUCAGCAGCAGAGUUCAGGAUGAACAGUGAUAAAUUGAAGAAAAUGCAGUCGCAAGUCAGAAUUGGCGGCAAAGGUACCCCAAGAAGGAAGAAGAAGGUUGUCCAUUCCACCCAAGCCAAAAAUGAGAAGAAAUUGCAAUCAUGUUUGAAAAAACUGCCACUGCCAGUAAAUACCAUUACUAACGUUGAGGAGGUCAAUAUGAUAAAGGAUGAUGGGUCUGUCAUUCACUUCAACAAUCCUCACACUCAAGCCUCAUUGGUGUCUAACACUUUCAUCAUCAAUGGGUAUUGCGAGAACAAACAAAUCACCGAAAUGCUUCCCAGUAUCUUGAGACAGUUGAGCCUUGAUCAUAGAUCUCAGCUGAAAGUUUCGGCAAGCUCAGCUGCUACUGCAACAGAUGACGAUGAAGAAGAUGUCACCGAUUUAGUGGAUAACUUCGAGAUAGCCUGCAAGGCUGAAGUUGCCAAGCCAGAGGAACCUAAAGCUGAUGAGACGCUAAAAGAAAGUGCUGCUGGGAAGCAAGAAAAAAUUGCUAGAAAUGAAGAUGAAAGUGCUGAAAAGCCAAUGAGAAGACGAAUGUUGAGAGCCAGAAGAAAGCGUUGAAUAGUCCGAGGAAAGUGCUGAGAAGCAAAAAGGAAGUACUUAGGUUAGGUUAUAAUCACUUAUAUUUAAUGUUUUUCAUAGUUCAAUCUUUUUGUGGUAAUCUCAUUGGUUGUAGUUUGGUAUUAAAAUUGAAAUCUUCAAGAAAGUAGGUACAUAACAUUUUUUUUUUUACUUUCCAAACAUGUUCGCUAAUUUUCUUUAUUUCUUUAGAAAAAAUAAAUAUUUUCAUAUUGAGUGCAGUUUUUUUUUUUAAUUGGAACAAAGUAUCAAAAAGUAUUUUCCUCAGUGAAUUUUUUCCUAGACCUUUUGUCUCGUCCUCUGGAUUUGCUACGUCACUUGUAGAUCAAUUCUUUCUGGAUGUUUCCUUUCGUCUUCUAAUCUUGAUCGUUGGGUCUGCACGAAAUAAACCGUACCUGUUAUAACAAUCUUACUGCUAACUCACACCAAUGAUGCCUCAAAAUCUUUGCAUAUUCUUUAGUUCUACGUUAGAAUUUCAGUUUGGUUUGCAUUCUUAAUUUAACAAUAAGUAUUAUUAGAAAUUUUUGAGUUUUACAAAUAUGACUUACAAUAAAAUGAAAAUCGUAUUUUCUGUAGGUAUAAUUUUUGAUCUGAGGUACGCAUAUUCUUUAGUUCUACGUUGGAAUUUCAGUUUAGGUUGCGUUCUUAAUUUAGCAAUAAGUCUAAUUAGAAAUUUUUGAGUGUACAAAUAUGACUUACAAUAAAAUGUAAAUAAUAUUUUCUGUAGGUAUAAUUUUUCAUUGGAGGUAUGCAUAUUCUUAAGUUCUUCAUUAGAAUUUCAGUUUGG